GCACGAUGGGGAACGGUGGUCCUCCUUUAUAGAAUGACAGGACAAUCGGAAUAAAUGGCGAUUUUCAAAAGGAAUCGAUAUCAGCAUUGUUUGCUGUGUUUUGUUUUGUUUAUUCAACUAUCAGGUGUUUUUUGUUUCAGUGAGCUCUCCUUCAUCACAGAACCCAGUGAUGUUGUAGUAAUAACCAGGGAUCCAGUGAUCCUGGACUGUGUGGCCCACGGACAGCCUCCCAUCACCAUCAGAUGGCUGAGGAAUGGAGUCAUGGUUACGGAGAGCACCCGGCUCCAGAUCCUGGCCAACGGAUCACUGUGCAUACCCGAGGUCAGGAGAGACGGACCGGAGUCAGACAAAGGGUUCUAUCAAUGCCUCUCUCAGAAUAAAUAUGGAGCCAUAUUAAGCCAAAGAUCACGACUGACUAUCACAAAUAUCUCACCGUUCGUGGUGCAUCCCGUGCUUUUGGAGGUGACUGAGGGUUCCGUGGCCAGGUUCACCUGUCAGGUGACCUCUAACCCUCCUGCCAGCGUGACCUGGGAGCUAGACCAAAGCACACUACUGCUGGAGACAGACAGAAUCACAGUCCUGCCCAACGGAGUUCUCCAGAUCCACAACGUCCAGCUAGAGGAUGCUGGGAAGUACCGCUGUGUGGCCACCAAUAUCGGCAACCGCGUCAAGAGCAGCGAGGCAACGCUCUCCGUUAUCAAACCAGGUGUUGGCCCUAAGCCCCGUCAGAGGCCCCGAAUCAUAGCGGGCCCCCAGAACGUGACGGUGUCCCUCCACCACACUGUGGUUCUGGAGUGUAUUGCUACGGGCAACCCCAGACCCAUCAUAUCCUGGAGCCGAGUCGACAGUAAACCCAUUGACGUUUACAAUGCCAGGGUGCUGGGCAGUGGGAACCUCUUGAUCAGUAAUGUGAAGCCUCAGCACAAUGGAGUCUACCUCUGUAGAGCCACCACACCAGGAACACGCAACCACACUGUCGCUGCUGCCAACCUCACCGUGCUAGAGCCUCCGUCCAUGGUGGAGAGGCCAGAGAGCCAGACUCGUCCCAGAGCUGGCACUGCCCGUUUCAUGUGCCAGGCUCAGGGUGUGCCCCCACCUCGCAUCACCUGGCUGAAGAAUGGAGAGGAGGUGCACCUGAACGGCAGAAUCAAGAUGUACAACAGUAAACUGGUGAUCACUCAGAUCACCCCGGAGGACGAUGCCUUCUAUCAGUGUGUGGCGGAGAACGACCAGGGCAGUGUUCUGUCCAUGGCACGCCUCAUCGUGGUGAUGUCUGAGGACCGGCCCAGCGCGCCCAGGAACAUCUACGCUGAAACCAUCUCCUCCUCGGCCAUCCUACUGGCCUGGGAGAGACCCAUCUACAACGCUGAUAAAGUCAUUGCUUACUCUGUACACUACAUGAAGGCUGAGGGACUAAACAAUGAGGAGUAUCAGGCAGUGAUUGGCAACGACACGACCAGCUACAUCAUAGAUGACUUGGAGCCAGCCUGGAACUACUCUUUCUACAUUGUGGCGUAUAUGCCGAUGGGAGCUAGCCGUAUGUCUGACCAGGUCUGUCAACACACUCUGGAGGACGUGCCCUUGCGUACCCCGGAGCUCAGUCUGACCAGCUACAGCCCUACAGACAUCCAGGUGUCGUGGCAACCCCUGUCCACCAAACUGUCCCGUGGUAACAUCUGGGCCUACCGCCUCUCCUACCGCACGGCUGCAGACGCCACGGUUUUGUCUGUGGAGCUGGCCCAGAACGACACCCAGUACCUCCUCGGUGACCUUCAGCCUGAUACCAUCUACCUUCUCCGGAUCGCUGCAGCCACCAGGGUGGGGUGGUGUGAACCCUCCUCCUGGACCUCCCACCGCACUCCCAAAACCUCCAGUAAUAAUGUGCCACCAGCCCCACUGCUGCAGCAACUGGAGCCUCUCAACUGCACCUCCAUCUUGGUUCGAUGGCAGCCAUCUCCAGGCUCCGUGGUCGUCCAGGGUUACCGGCUCUGUUACCAUGAGGAUGGCCAACCAGAACACCCCUCCAUCCAGCUCCAGCCUGAGGACACAGAAUACACCAUCAGUGGCCUGGACCCAAGGAGGAAAUACCAUGUGAAACUGUUGGCAUUAAGCCUGGUAGGAGAUGGUUACCAAGCCGACCAGACACUCAGCACCCCAGGAUGUGUGUCUGUACGAGAUCACCCGGUGGCCUCCCCUCCAGCCCCGGACCACGUGAGUGCGGUGGCUAACAGCUCGUCAGCGGUGUACCUGCGGUGGAACCGUCCCGCCUUCGCCUCAAGGAAGGUUGUCAGCUACACAGCUCGCUGUACACCUGUGGGCCUGAUGAACGCAUCAGCUGUACGCUACAUACAGACUACCAACCAGAGUGUGCAGAUACAGAGCCUGGACUCCAACACUCGCUAUGAGUUCGUGGUGCGUCUCCAUGUCGACCAACUGGCCAGUCCCUGGAGCAUGGUUGUCUUUCAGAGGACUCUACCAGCAGCGCCCAGCCACCCUCCUGAAGGUGUGAGGGUGAGUCUGAUUGAGGACGGUACAGCCCUGGUUUCCUGGAGAGAACCAGCGGAGAACAACCUGGCCGUGACACACUACACCAUCCUGUACGCCUCACAGAGGGCCUGGCUGGCCGGAUACUGGCAGACACUGCAGAGGGAGGGAAGUAACACCAUGGCCCUGCUGGAGCGCCUGGAGCCUGGUAACGUCUACCUGGUGAAGAUCUCUGCCUCCAACCAGGUGGGAGACGGGCCCUUCUCUACUACUGUGGAGCUGGCCCUGGGGCCUGGCUCUAGACACAGAGGGAAGAGCCCCAGGCACUCGGGCAGCGGCUCCUCCUCCUCAGACACCACAGUGUUCUCGGACGACCUGUACCACACAGAGCAGAAUUCCAUGACAGGGAUCAUCGUGGGGGUCUGCAUCGCUCUGGCCUGUAUAGUGAUGUGUACCAUCAUCCUCAUCAGCAAAGGCAGAUCCAGGAAAUCUUCCAUCUGUAAGAUAAUUGACGUAGUGAAUGGUGAGGGAACCCAUGGUCCACAUACUGGUUUGGCCCUGGCCAAUGAACACCAGGCUGAGAACAUAGAGGCCCUGAUGCCCAUGAUGGCACCACACUUCAUUGAUGCCGAGGGUGGGACAAACCUGGUGAUUACAGAAGCUGGUCCAGUCUGCGGUGUCAACCGCAGUAAGAGAUGGCAGUUUUUUAAGACGGAGAGAGACAAUAGAAAUACAAGCCAGGCUGAGAACAGAGCAUGUCUGUACGAGGCAGGGAAGACCGUUCUGUGUUACGAAGAGAAAGAGGGCGCGUCUCCCCUCCAACCCUCCAGCCUGCAUAUCCUGUUCGGUCCACUAGGGGGCUUACAGAGCUCUGGGGGCUUUAGUGAGGGAAACAGCUCUGGGACUACAGAGACCAGCGACGGGAGUCAGGAGACAGGAGACUCUGGUCACUACUCCAACGAAGAGAUAAGCAAUGAGAUGAGCAACCCGUCCACCGCCACCUCAGGCCGUAACUCCCGGCCUCCGUCCUUCGGGUCGGCGUUGGAUGACAGCCCAACUCCAGAGAAGGAAGAAGAAGAAAAGCUUCUUCUUCUUCUUCCUGGUUUUAAAGUGGAAUCUGAGGUGAUGCCACCGAGACGUCUCUACCGUCAUCACCAUGGUCUCCACCAGCCUGGUCAUGACACCGUUCAGCAUCCCUCACAUCCCUGUUCCCUCUCGGCUGAGGAAGCUGCUUAUCCUGCCCAGACCACCGUCCAGCAUCCCUCACGUCCCUGUUCCCUCUCGGCUGAGGAAGCUGCUUAUCCUGCCCAGGCCACCGUCCAACAUCCCUCACCUCCCUGUUCCCUCUCGGCUGAGGAAGCUGCUUAUCCUGCCCAGGCCACCGUCCAACAUCCCUCACAUCCCUGUUCCCUCUCGGCUGAGGAAGCUGCUUAUCCUGCCCAGGCCACCGUCCAGCAUCCCUCACGUCCCUGUUCCCUCUCGGCUGAGGAAGCUGCUUAUCCUGCCCAGGCCACGGUCCAGCAUCCCUCACGUCCCUGUUCCCUCUCGGCUGAGGAAGCUGCUUAUCCUGCCCAGGCCACGGUCCAGCAUCCCUCACGUCCCUGUUCCCUCUCGGCUGAGGAAGCUGCUUAUCCUGCCCAGGCCACGGUCCAGUCAACAGGCUCGUCCUGGUGAUAGGUUACCCAACCUGAAUGUGGCUUAUUUUCAGUUGAAGCAGCCCGCCUUUCUCGCUUCUUUGCCUCCUAAAAUAAGUCCUUGGGCAAGGAACAUACUGUUACGUAGAGGGAUCAGGAAGUUGAAGAUUUAAGGAGGAAAUGGGUGUUCGCUUCAGGUCUACCUCAAGAUAUUUGUAAUGAAUGUUGUUGUUUUCCUGUUUGUUAUUUGUUCCUGGUUGUUGUCUUUGUCAGGUCUUUUAGGGAGGAUUUCUUAGACACCAACCUAAGCGGGGACGGUGGCAACCGGAUACAUCUGGUUUUCAGGGGAACUGGAAAGAGAGGCUUCCGCUUUUCGACGUUAACAAAUCGACAUUCCAUCUUAACUCCUCCUCCACAUUUACAGGAUUGGUUGAACAGUGUAGAAGAGAACCCCCCCCCCUGUUAGCACAACAAAGAAAGAAACACCACACAGAUGAAGCUUUGUCAUGAAAUGGUGAAAGGGAUGUUAUGGGAUCCUGAAAAGCAUAUUCGGUGAAGAUUGGACAUUGGAAGUGUUUUUUCCCCAAUUUUUUUUUUUUUACAAAACUAAACUUAAUCUUUGUCCGGGAAACCAGUCCUUAAUGUCUGUCCUAAACCAAAGCUCACCCAACAAUGAAUGUUCAAAAGAAUGUAAAAAAUAUAUUGCUUUAUGAUACAUUUACUUCUAUAAUUAAGUAGAUUGUUUUCUUCCAUUGAAGCAGAGGGUUUAGUUGGUGACCCCCUCAUUGCUGAUUGUCUACCUCAGUUACUCUGACUCUGUCAGUACUACCUCAUUUUAACAAUAUAUUGUGCAGUACUGUAUUAUACUACUACCUCAUUUUAAGAGUAUAUUGUGCAGUACUGUAUUUACUACUACCUCAUUUUAAGAGUAUAUUGUGCAGUACUGUAUUAUACUACUACCUCAUUUUAAGAGUAUAUUGUGCAGUACCGUAUUAUACUACUACCUCAUUUUAAGAGUAUAUUGUGCAGUAUUAUUUUCCCUAACUCAGGGAAUGAGGUUGAAAAACAUUUCAAAGCCAUGUCGUCUUACCUGCAGGAGUUUUUUAAAUAUUUAAUUGUACCUUUAUUUAACUAGGUAAGUCAGUUAAGAACAAAUUCUUAUUUUCAAUGACGGCCUAGGAACAGUGGGUUAACUGCCUUGUUCAGGGGCAGAACGACAGAUUUUGUACCUUGUCAGCUCUGGGAUUCGAUCUUGCAACCUUUCGGUUACUAGUCCAACGCUCUAACCACUAGGCUGAAUUUUGUUUGAAGAUUUGUGAAAAUUCCUUUUGGAAUUAUUUGUUGUUUUUAUAAGGUCGGAAAAGCUUUUACGUUAUUUUAACGAUGAACCUCUUUAGUAUAGUUCUAACAUUGAAGUGCAUUAGAUAUUGUAUCACCAGUCUCUAUUUGAGUAAGAUCAAGUAACUAAAAAUUCAACGUUGAACUGGCAUUUCCAGUGCAGCGGACCUUACAAGCUUUAAAAUGUCCUUAUUACGUGGAAAAGGGCUUUGCAGAUGAUUGUAGAUACAGAGAACCAAAGAAAGAGUAGGAACACGUGACAUAACAGCCGUACAGUAUUGUAAGUGUCCUCUGAAUCAUUUUGCUGCCGUAUCAAGUGUGUAUAUUUCUCGUUGAAUUAUCGAGUUGAAUACAAUUCUUAUUGUACAUUUUCAAGGCACGUUUUUAUAUCUGGUUGAAAGCUUUAGUGCUCUGUCUUUCAGACGAGUGUUCUCCAUUUGCCUUCUAUGUACAGCAGAUCAUUGAUGCAGUGUUGACACUGUGCUAUUAGAUGCCAAAGAGUUGCCUACUUCCUCAGAUGGGGGGAUUCAGAUAGAUGGGAGGACUGAUGGGUCCUCCAGAUAGAUCAGAUGGGGAGGACUGAUGGGUCCUCCAGAUAGAUCAGAUGUGAGGACUGAUGGGUCCUCCAGAUAGAUCAGAUGGGAGGACUGAUGUGUCCUCCAGAUGGAUCAGACGGGAGGACUGAUGGGUCCUCCAGAUAGAUCAGAUGGGAGGACUGAUGGGUCCUCCAGAUGGAUCAGAUGGCAGGACUGAUGGGUACUCCAGAUAGAUCAGAUGGGAGGACUGAUGGGUCCUCCAGAUGGAUCCUUGGGAUGAUGUCACAGGAGAUUCCAGGGUCGGGGCUAGUUCCAUUUCAAUUCAGUCAGUUCUGGGAGUAAACUGAAAUUCCAAUGCUUUUCAACACGGAAAUUUGGGAAUUUUGACAUUUCAGUUAAUUUACAGAAUUUACUGAAUUGGAAUGGAAUUAAGCCCAACACUGACAGGAGUUUGUCUCACACCAAAACAAAGAAUCCGGUCAGUGUAUUGACAGUGAUAGUGGAUGGAUGGUGAAGCAUUUUGCUUUUUGAAUUUGCAUUCAUCAAGCUGAUAUCAACUGUGGUCACAUUUCACAUGAAUACAAUUUUUUAUGAAUAUUGUAUGAUGGACAAAUGUAUAUUUGUAUCCACUAUAUUUCUAGCCUGGUAUCGGAUUUGUUUGUGCUGUAUAGCAUGCCACCCAUGACAAUGACCAUAGGAGUUGGCUAUACAGUACAAACAGAUCUGGGAGCAGGCUACUACUAUAUUUCACAUCCCAGUUUGACAAUACCCCAAGAUUCUGACUAUCAAAUCAAUAACCCCUAUGUGUGAAGAGCAACAUAAUCAAGUUUUAUAUCUUUGAAAAGCAAAUAAUCUUGACCAAAGAAGAUGUUGUUUAAUAAUGAGUUAUUUGGUUUUACUUUUUUUAAAUUUUAAUUUUACAUAACAGUAUUUGCAUAAUGUGUUUAUAAGUUUCUAGGAUUUUGAUUCACUAGUAAAAGGCAUUUUUAAAGUCGAAUCAUUGUGAUGCCAAGUUCCAUUUUGUUUUGAGUGGCUUGAGAGGUCAAAGAGUGUUCAUUUGUCAGUUGGAUCGUGUUCAUGAGAUUUCACCUGAAAGAUGUUAAAAGUUUACUUUGGAACUUUUUUAACAUUUUGUUAUGGUUUUGUAUAUUUUAGGAUAGUUUUAUUUCGUGUUAAAGCAUAUUUUUCUUAGGUCGUGUCUACACUUGACACUUGCAUGCGACUUCUGCUAUCAGAAUACGAACGACGCAUUGAAAAGACGGGUCUAGACGCUCAAAAGUCGCUUUGUGGUCUGAUUGUGUUCAGUUCUGGCUGACCACUUCAGAAGGUGGUCAGGGAUGCGUUGUGUGCGGAUUUCUCCUCAGUCUGGACACAAUCAGGCUACCGAAAGUGCAUACGGUGGGCGACGUCAUCAGCACUCCUCCCAUAAGUCUCCAGAAAGCUUGUUUUGAAAUCGAGAGGCGCCUUUUUCAUUAUAACGUUGGAGAACAUACAUUGUGAGUGUGUGAGGAACGCGUUUACUGGCCUCAGAAAUGCUAGCCAACAAGCUAAUAUUUAGAAAAGCUUUUUUUGGGGGGGCUAGAGUUAUGCAAACCCUUUAGUGUUGCUCGCUGGCCAGCUACAGAGCUUAGCUGGCUAGUUAGCUACAGUAGUUAGCUAUUGCCAUCAGUUGUUGUUGUGUUGUUAUCAUAUUUUGCCUAUUCCACCGUUUGUAGAAUGCAUACUGGCAUUUGAAUAUAGCGCAGGAAAAAGGGGAAUCCGGACACACUGUGGUAGACAAGUUCGGAAUUCCAUGAUCAGAAUACUAAAGCUGCGUGAACUGUCAAGUCUAGACACGGCCUUAGAUGGAUAUAAGAAAAGACUGGGCUAUUUUCCCCCUCUGUGUUCUCAGAGCCUGCGUCGGUGACAGGUUUUGUGGCUAGGGGAGCGUGCUGCCUGUCGGACACCAAUUUGAAUGUGUUUUAUUGCUACUAUUUAACGUAUGUUUUUGUUGUAAUUUCCUGCUUUUGUAAUGCAUAUUUACCAUAUCAUGUAUUUCUUUCUCCCAAGUAUUAAAGCAAACAGUGUUUAUGUGUUACAAACCACAUUAUUUUAUCCUCUCACGAUGGUCUCAUCAUUUGAAUAAAAAUGUUUCCUGAAAAAGUA